AUGAGGCUGUGCAUCAGGGCGCUGUUCCGCAGGAGAACAGUCUGUCUGUGGGGGCUGUUGCUCGGGUUCGCUGCGCUCUCACUGACGCUCACGGAUCUGCUAAACCAGAGCCAGUACCGGGACUGGACUCAGGGUGAAAGCACGGCUCCGGUCCCUCCUCUGCGGUUCGCCAGUCCUCCCGAGCUGGAGGUGAUGGUGGACUCCCGGGACGCGGCGUCACAGCGGGGUGUGAAAGUGCCUCUGGACUCGCUCCAGGAGGACCAGCUCCUGUCCGUGCCCACCCUGGGAGCACAGCACAGCACACAGAAGCGGAGCUACAAGCUGCUGAUGCCGCGCGCAGUGAAGGAGCCGCGCGGGAGUGCGCAUGUGACGCACGCGCAACACGGUCCACAGAGCGCGUGGAGGCAGAGCGUCCCACUGCGCCGAAGUCUGCCUGAGUCCAGAGCCCCGGGGUGCCUUGGGGGGCAGUACCCACAGACCCUUCCCUCGGUGAGUAUGGUGCUCUGCUUUAGAGACCCUCCCCUGUCCUCUCUGCUGCAGACGGUCCACAGUGUGCUGCACACAGCCCCUCCCCUCCUGCUGCAAGAGGUGCUGCUGCUGGACGACCACAGCCACAGCGAGGAGCUGAGGAGAGCUCUGCCCCAGUACGUGUCCCAUCUGAGGGGGGUACGUUUGAUUCGGUCUCCUCGUCCUCUAGGGCCCGGGCGGUGCAGGAGCUUGGGGGCCUCCAGAGCCACAGGGGACGUGUUGGUGUUCAUGGACCCCCGCUCUGAGCCACACACGGGCUGGUUAGAGCCGCUGCUGGAGAGAGUAGCACAGGACAGGACCCUGGUAGUGUCUCCUCUCCUGGACGUUCUGGACGCACAGAGCCGGAAGUACAGCGCCUCCCCCUGGCCUCUAAGGGGAGUGUGGGACUGGAGGUUGGAUUUCCACUGGGACCCCUCCUCUCCCCCCAACUGCCCCCCCUCCUCUUCCCCCUCUACUCCAGUGGGACAGCAGCAAGAGGACAGGGACAUCCUGCCCCUCAAUGCUGCCCCAGGUGGUAGCACCAUGUUACUACAGCUCUGUGUUCCCUUUAGGAGCCCGGCUCUGGGAGGGGAGGUGCUGGCUGUGGACAGGCUUUUCUUUAACCGACUGGGAGCCUAUGACCCCGGGACUGUGGCAUGGAGCCUCCAGCAGGUGGAGCUCUCCUUCAGGGUGUGGUCUUGUGGGGGCGCCCUGGAGGUGGUACCCUGCUCUCGGGUGGCCCUCCGGAGGGGUCACAGUGCUCUGUAUGAGGAGCCCGAUCCAGAGCAGCUGCAGCAGGACAGGGUGCGGGUGGCAGAGGCCUGGAUGGGCCCGUACAAGGAGGUGUUCUACAGGCGGAGCACACUGGCACACUCCAUCAGACAGGUGGAGGCCCCUAACGUGACGGCCUGGCUCCAGAUGCAGAAGACCCUGGGCUGUAAAGACUUCAGCUGGUAUCUGUCCUCUGUGAGCCCUGACCUCCACGUGCCCCAGGACCUCCCAGGACUGUCUGGAGAGCUGUACAGUGUGGGCAGUAGCAGCUGUGUGGACUACCCCAGAGGCCAGAGCUCAGGGCGGGGACGGGAUGUGGUUAUGGUCCCCUGCAGUGGGACAGGAGCACAGCACUGUGAGCUGAGCUCCUCGGGGCAGAUGCGCUGGGGCCCAAGAGCAGACCUGUGUUUGGACUUGCCCUCACACCACCUCCUCCUGUCCCCAUGUGGCACACAGACAGCGCCCCCUGCCUCUCAGCACUGGAGCUACAGGAAGAGGACUGGUCAGCUGGUCCACUCUGUGUCACAGAUGUGUCUGGAGGCAGUGGCACCCCGUGGACAGAUGAAUGUGGGUACUCAGGCUGGUGGAGGUGGUGAGGCUCCAUUGGGUGCCGUGGGUGUCCAUAGGACAGGUGGAGUGGGUGCAGUGGUCCUGAGGCCCUGUUCACAUGUCCCUCUGCAGCAGUGGAGCUUCGAGCCACUUUUGGAUCCAAACUUCUGA